AUGACGGUUCGGAUGUGGGUGGAGGCCGCAGGCAUCGUCGACUUGCCGUCGCUGCUUGUGGCGGCGUCGCGCGGCGACGUGCACCGCGAGCUGCGGGGCGCGGGCGUGAGCAAGCUUGGGCAGCGCCAGAAGCUGUCGGCGCUGGUCGCGCCACACUGGGAGGCGCUCGCCCUCAAGGAGCGCGGCAACGAGGCGUACCGCGAGUCGCGCUUCGAGGCGGCCGCAGGGGCGUACAGCCGCGCGCUCGCGGUGUUGCCGUGCGCGUACACCGACCUGGCGCUCGCUUGCUACUCCAACCGCGCAGCGCAGCAGAUGCGCGAGCCCGAGGCGGCGCUCGCAGACACGCUCCACGUCUUGCGGUACGACCCGGCCAACCCGAAGGCGGUGGCGCGCCGCAGGGUCUACGAGCAAGCGUUGCAGGGCGCGUGA